CGAUGAUAUUGCAGCCCCCCACCAACUCCUUAUAUGCCGUAUUAUAAAAGCUUAACUUUCUCUUCCAAUUUUCUCAUUCUCUCUGUAAACUUCUCUCACUUUCUUCAAAUCUAAGCUUAUUGAAUCAUGUCUUGCUACAAGGGAAAGUAUGCUGAUGAGCUUAUUAAGAAUGCUACAUACAUUGGUACCCCUGGAAAGGGUAUCCUUGCUGCUGAUGAAUCUACUGGAACAAUCGGAAAGCGUCUCUCGAGCAUCAAUGUCGAGAAUGUAGAAUCAAACAGGAGGGCUCUCCGCGAGCUUCUCUUUUGCACCCCUGGUUGUCUUCAGUACCUUAGCGGUGUUAUCUUGUUCGAGGAGACACUUUACCAGAAGACUGCUGCUGGCAAGCCUUUCGUUGAAGUCAUGAAGGAAGCUGGAGUCCUUCCCGGUAUUAAGGUUGACAAGGGUACCGUUGAACUCCCCGGGACCGAUGGUGAGACCACCACUCAAGGUCUUGAUGGUCUCGCAGAACGUUGCCAGAAGUACUACGAGGCUGGUGCUAGGUUCGCCAAAUGGCGUGCCGUGUUGAAGAUUGGUGCCAAUGAGCCAUCUCAGCUCGCCAUCAAUGACAACGCCAAUGGCCUUGCAAGAUACGCCAUUAUUUGCCAGCAGAAUGGUCUUGUACCCAUUGUUGAGCCCGAGAUCCUUGUCGACGGAGCCCAUGACAUUAAAAAGUGCGCUGAUGUUACCGAGCGCGUUCUUGCUGCUUGCUACAAGGCUCUCAAUGACCACCAUGUCCUCCUUGAAGGUACCUUGUUGAAGCCUAACAUGGUCACUCCUGGUUCUGAAUCCCCCAAGGUUGCACCAGAAGUGAUCGCUGAGUACACAGUCCGUGCUCUGCAACGCACAAUGCCACCUGCUGUUCCCGCUGUGGUGUUCUUGUCUGGUGGUCAGAGUGAAGAGGAAGCCACCGUCAACCUCAACGCCAUGAACAAGCUUCAAACCAAGAAGCCAUGGUCGCUUUCCUUUUCCUUCGGACGUGCUCUCCAGCAGAGUACCCUCAAGGCGUGGGGCGGAAAAGAAGAGAAUGUUCAGAAAGCACAAGCUGCAUUCCUCACCAGGUGCAAGGCCAACUCCGAGGCUACACUCGGAAAGUAUGCCGGAGCUUCUAACUUAAGCGAGGGCGCUUCCGAGAGCCUUCAUGUUAAGGACUACAAGUACUAAGAUCAACAAAGUUUUUAGUUUUAUGUUUUUUCUUUGAUUUCUGUUUUGAAAAUGAGAAUGUGACAAUAUGGUUUUACAAAAAUGUCUUAUAUGUGGACAUAAUGUGUAAGGCUUUCUUUUUUUUUUUAAUUUUUCGUUUAAUAAAAAACUUAUGAGUAAACAAUAUUGGCUUUGUGACAUCUUCAUGUAACAGUUUUUGGGAUAUGAUUUAUUAAAUGGAAUAUUAUCUUUUGGCUUUUUAAA